ACCUAGCGGCCGGGUUCUCUCCGUCACAUCCAGGCAGCUCAAGGCUAACAACCAUCGGAAUGAAAAUGCCGUCGUCUUUACUCAACAUUACGCUGCUUUCAUUUAUACUGGUUUUUAUUGCAUCACAUUUCGGGGAGGUCUUAGCUGAUGACAAUGGACGAGGAUUUGGGGACCAUAUUCACUGGAGGAGCCUUGAAGAUGGGAAGAAGGAGGCUGAAGCAAGUGGACUCCCUCUGAUGGUCAUUGUUCACAAGACUUGGUGUGGCGCCUGUAAAGCACUAAAGCCCAAGUUUGCUGAAUCGAAGGACAUCUCUGAGUUGGCCCACAACUUUGUCAUGAUUAACUUGGAGGAUGAAGAGGAGCCUAAAGAUGAGGCCUUCAGCCCAGAUGGUGGUUACAUUCCCAGAAUACUUUUCCUGGAUCCCACUGGUAAAGUCCACUCGGAGAUCACAAACAAGAAUGGAAACCCAAACUACAAGUACUUCUACAGCAAUGCAGAUCAAGUUGUGGCUAGCAUGAAGGAAGCUCAAGAGAAGCUGACUGGAGAUGCCUUCAGGAACUCUCACGUUGGUGACGAACUCUGAGAGCAGAAGAAGUGGCAUGGAAAGAUCUCAACCGGAACACUAUAUCUCUCCGCUGGUCACACUAGAUCGAUCCAU